AUGGAUAAGCAUGGUAGUGGUCGAUUAUAUUAUCGUAUUGCAAUGGAUUAUGCUCCAUCAAGUCUACAACUAAAUGCAGUUAACUAUGGUUUUAAAAUUGAACGAAUGUAUACAGCUAUCGAUGAUCUAUCACAUGUUCAAAAACAGCCAGAUGGAACUUGGAAAUUCAAAUUAAAUGAAAAAAUCAGAGUCACAUUAACAAUGACAACAACACAACGACGAUAUCAUAUAGCAUUAGUUGAUUAUUUACCAGCUGGUUGUGAACCAUUGAAUAUAAAAUUAAAAGGCAUUUUGGCAGAUGAUACAAACUCAUCAGUAACAAGGUCAAAAAGGAAUUAUCACUAUGAUGAAUAUCGAUCACGUGUAACUAUUGAUUGGACUGAACAUGAAAAUUUAAGAGAUGAACGUGCUGAAGCAUUUCGAUCAUUAUUAUGGCCUGGUGUAUAUGAAUGGAAUUAUGUAAUGCGUGCAACCUGUGCUGGAAUAUUUAUCGUUCCGCCAACCAAAGCUGAAGAAAUGUAUUCGCCAGAAAACUUUGGCCGAUGUACAACAGAAAAAGUUAUCAUUGACUAA